CCGAAAGUUAAGUGUUUCCGGCUCCGGUGUCAUGGCCGGCUCCUACCCUGAAGGUGCGCCUGUAGUCCUCGCCGAUAAGAGGCAGCAAUUUGGGAACCGGUUCCUGAGCGAUCCGGCGCGUGUCUUCCACCACAAUGCCUGGGACAAUGUGGAGUGGUCGGAAGAGCAAGCCGCAGCGGCGGAGAGAAAAGUCCAGGAGAACAGUACCCAGCGGGUGUGCCAGGAGAAACAAGUUGAUUAUGAGAUCAAUGCCCACAAAUACUGGAAUAACUUCUACAAAAUCCAUGAAAAUGGGUUUUUCAAGGAUAGACAUUGGCUUUUUACCGAAUUCCCUGAGCUGGCACCUAGCCAAAAUCAAAAUCAUUUGAAGGAUUGGUUCUUGGAGAACAAGAGGAGUGAAGUACCUGAAUGUAGAAACAAUGAGGAUGGACCUAGUUUAAUAAUGGAAGAACAGCACAAGUGUUCUUCGAAGAGCCUUGAACAUAAAACAGAGACACCUCCUGUGGAGGAGAAUGUAACUCAGAAAAUUAGUGACCUGGAAAUUUGUGCUGAAGAGUUUCCUGGAUCCUCAGCCACCUACCGAAUACUGGAGGUUGGUUGUGGUGUGGGAAACACAGUCUUUCCAAUUUUACAAACGAACAAUGACCCAGGACUCUUUGUUUACUGCUGUGAUUUUUCUUCCACAGCUAUAGAACUGGUCCAGACAAAUCCAGAAUAUGAUCCUUCACGGUGUUUUGCCUUUGUUCACGACCUGUGUGAUGAAGAGAAGAGUUACCCAGUGCCCAAGGGCAGUCUUGAUAUUAUCAUUCUCAUAUUUGUUCUUUCAGCGAUUGUUCCAGACAAGAUGCAGAAGGCUAUCAACAGGCUGAGCAGGCUUCUGAAACCUGGGGGGAUGAUGCUUCUGCGAGAUUACGGCCGCUAUGACAUGGCUCAGCUUCGGUUUAAAAAAGGUCAGUGUCUAUCUGGAAAUUUCUACGUGAGAGGUGAUGGAACCAGGGUUUACUUCUUCACACAAGAGGAGCUGGACACGCUUUUCACCACUGCUGGACUGGAAAAGGUUCAGAACCUGGUGGACCGCCGACUGCAGGUGAACCGAGGGAAGCAACUGACAAUGUACCGGGUUUGGAUUCAGUGCAAAUACUGCAAGCCCCUUCUGUCCAGCACCAGCUGAGAGGCACCUGCUGCCAAGACGAUGCAAGCUCAUUGUGUUUCCGGGCUUUUUUAAAAAACCGUGUAGCACCAGGCAUGGUGGUGCAUGUCUGUAAUCCCAGCCACUCAGGAGGCUGAGGCGGGGAGGAUCCAUUUAGCCCAGGAGUCCAGCCUGGGCAAAAUAGUGAGACCCAGUAUCUGAAAGUAAUCAUAAAAAUAAAAAGAAUAUAAAUGAAGUCUUGUUGACGUUGGACAAUUCAGGAAUUCAGACUUGAACCUUAAACCUAGGAAAAGUCACUUUGUAUCAGGAUUCUAACAGUUAUGCUUUAUAUUUGUGAAGUCCUUUAAAACAUAAUUUUCUCAAGUUAUUUCUUUGAGAUCUCAAUCUGUCUUAGCAUUUUGUAACUAAUAACUGAAAUUUUAUUCAAAGGAACUGUAAACCUUAAAACACCAAUUUAUUUCCAUGUGAAAAAGUGUUACAUAUGACAAGUGUUUUUUGACUCAAAGUGCGUUAAAUCUUUUGAAAGUGUAAAUGCCGGGCUAGGGCAACUGCAGUUAAUACUUACAGAAGUUAGUGAAGGGCUCAUUAAGUUGUAGGGGAAGCAAGCUGGGAAGAAUCAGAUCAGAUGUUCUCCUGAC